AUGCAACAUCGUCAGCUGCACAUUUGCAAACGACCGACACUCAGCGAUCUUAACGAAUAUGUCCGCGAGUUUUUCACCCUGGAGAGUUUGGCCAUUGCAGCAGCGCCGUCCGUAGAAAGUGCUGAAGAUGACCGCGCGCGUAAAAUUUUGGAAAAUUCUACGAAGCGGACCAACUGUGGCAAAUUCGAAACUGGUCCAGACCUGUUGACAUCGCUGCUAGCAGUAAUGUUCCAGUUCCGAGAACGCGAAGUAGCGAUUACGGCGGAUAUAAGGGAAAUGUUUUUGCAGAUCCUUAUUCGACCCGAGGAUCGUAGUGCUCUCCUGUUUUUGUGGCGAGAUUCACCCGAGCAGCCAGUCAAGAUCAUGGUUACUGACGUAGCGAUAUUUGGAGCAACUUGCUCUCCAGUACAGUCGCAAUUUGUGAAAAAUCUCAAUGCAGCGGAGUAUGAAGACAGCUACCCAAAAGCAUCGGCGGCGAUAAAACACAAACACUACGUCGACGACUACCUUGAUAGUGUCGACACGGUUGAUGAGGCAGUUCAACUCGCUACGGAUGUGACGACAAUACAUGGGAAGGCGAAUUUCUUCAUUCGUAACUGGAGGUCAAAUAAACUGGAAGUUCUUGAACGAACAGAAGAAGUUACUCCUGUGUCAACUAAGCAAUUCACUGCGGGAAAGGAGAUCAACCUUGAACGAGUCUUGGGAAUGAUGUGGUUACCUGACGAAGACGUCUUCGCCUUCAAUUUCUGCCUACGGGAUGACAUCCGGCACCUGAUGAAUGGUGAAGCCAUUCCAACUAAGCGAGAAGUAUUGAGCGUAGUAAUGAGCUUGUAUAACCCACUUGGACUAGUUGCGGUAUUCGUUGUUCAUGGAAAAGUGAUCAUCCAGGACACUUGGAGAGCGAACAUCGGUUGGGAUGACGAUAUUCGUUGA